CAUUUGCAUUACUAUAUUUCUCCUAUUGCAUCAUAUACUCGACCCAUUUGCAUUAUUAUAUUUUUGUCCUAUUGCAUCAUAUACAGCAGUAGGAUCUUCCGGAAACUGAUAAAUAAGCAAAAUCCGGCCGACUAAAGCCGUACCCGCAACCAACCUUGCCGGCAAAAAUGGAGUUCCUCCUCAAUUGCUUACUCUGCCUCAUCUUCACCGUCACCAUCCUCCGGCUCCUGCUGUCAAGAAACCACAGCAACCAAACCCCGGCGGCCAAACUCCCUCCCGGUCCGACCCGACUGCCAAUCAUCGGCAACAUCCACAAUUUAGACGCCAAUCCUCACAAAUCACUGGCCGAUCUUGCCAAGCUACACGGCCCCCUGAUGAGCAUCAAGCUCGGCAAAGUCACCACCAUCGUCGCUUCUUCCCCAGCUGCAGCCAGGGAGAUUCUCCAAAAGCACGACAAGCUCCUCUCCGACCGCUACGUCACCCUGGCCAUGGAAGUCGUCGACCACCACAACUUCUCCCUGCCGUUGCUCCCCGCGGAAGCCAAGUGGAGGAACCUCAGGAAAGUGUGCAACUCGUGCAUCUUCGCGACCCAGAAGCUGGAUUCGUACCGGGAGCUCCGGAGGGAGAAGGUUCUCGAGCUCCUGGAAGCUGUUCGACGAAAUGCCUCUGAGAGGCCUGGGGAGCCGAUCGACGUCCGGCGAGCGGUGUUCAGGGCGACGCUGAAUUCUCUGUCGUCGACCAUCAUUUCGCUGGAUCUGGGCGAUGUGGAGAGGUCGGAGACGGCUAGGGAGUUCAGGGAGCUUGUGAGGAGGAUCAUAGAACAGACUGGCAAGUUCAAUUUGGGAGACUACUUCCCUGUUCUGGCGAGGAUGGAUUUGCAGGGGAUACAGAGGCGGUUGAGGCCUAAUUUGGAGAAAGUUUUGAACUUGUUCCAAUGGGUCGUCGACGAGCGGCUGGAGAAGAUGAAGUCGGAGAGCUAUGUCCCAUCAAACGACAUGCUUGACACACUUCUGGCCAUUGGAGAGGACGACGACGACGACCGCGAGGGAGCUACCAUGGAUCCAUUUUGCAUCAAGCACUUGUUGUGGGAUCUCUUCGUAGCGGGUACCGAUACAACGGUGAGCACAGUAGAAUGGGCCAUGACAGAGCUCCUCCGCAACCCCGUCACGCUCGCUAAAGUCAAGGAAGAAAUGGAUCAAAUCAUCGGGAAAGACAAUCACCUUCACGAAUCGGACAUCCAUCGGUUACCGUACUUACAAGCGAUAGUGAAAGAGACACUGAGACUGCACCCACCAGGUCCGCUACUACUUCCCCGGAAAGCAAGCGCCGACGUGGAAGUCUGUGGCUUCCUCGUUCCCGAAGGUGCACAAAUUCUCGUCAACGUGUGGGCUAUAGGCCGGGACUCGCUGACAUGGGACGACCCGAGCUCGUUCGUGCCCGAAAGAUUCCUGGGCUCGAAGGUUGACGUUAAGGGCAACAAUUUCGAGCUGCUUCCAUUUGGUGGAGGGAGAAGGAUAUGUCCCGGAGCUUCGUUGGCACUGAGGAUGCUGCAUACGGUGUUGGGCUCGAUGGUUCACCGGUUCGAAUGGGCACUUCCGGAUGGAGUCCUGCCGGAGAAGGUAGACAUGGAGGAAGAGUUCGGGUUGGCUCUACAAAAGGUCAAACCUUUGCUUGCUGUUCCGACUCCAAGAGGAUAAGCACUGUAUUUCAAAAUUGUUGCUUUUAUGAUGUAGUAUAGAGCAAAAACUAGGGCAGAAAUAAUACCACAUCGACAGCAAGAGGAUGUGGAAGUAGGCAAGACAGAGUAUAUAAUCACUUGGCAGGCCAACGUUUGAAAGCAUCUUUGCGCUUGGGGCAAUGACGCAGCUAGUGAGGUAAUAACCGAGGCGCGUCAAUUGCUGGUUGAAAACUAUUUCCAAACCCCCUCUUGGGCCGCGGCUUGCCUGUGGCCCUCGAGAAUUUCUGGAAGGGCUCCCUUCGGGGUAAAGCCCUACAAUCCUUAGUCCAAUCCUUUUCUUUUAUGGGCUUCUCCUUCUAAAACUAUGUUAUUGGGCUGUAAUAAUUAUUGUAAGCCCAAUUUUAACUUGAGCCUUUCUUUUUGUUAAAAGUUACAAGCCCAGUCAGUUUUAUCAUGCGCUGUUCUGCGAAGUUGUGUGCAGUGUGCUACAGUUUUAUUUGGGGUUACUGUUUGUUGAAAGAAGAACUGCAGAAACAGCAGAAUAGAAUGUUUGAGCAGAAGAAUUCCUGCGCUGAUAUG